CGCGGCUUUUUCGCGAUUAGUUCUACUUCGCCGCGCGCACGGAGCUGAUCAGCCCCGAUCGGCGCCCGGAUUCACUAUUUAGGGCUUUAAAAGUGAGGUAGCAGCAAGUAUGGUGCUGUCCAGGGUACGUACUCUUCGCGAUUUCGUCAGCGCACUGUUGCACUUUGCGUAUGGUCUAGUGCUGUUUGUGGUGCAGCACCGAUGGAUCCGGUUCUGGCCACCUCCGGUACGGCCGGUCGUUAGUGUGAAGCAGGGUAAGGUACGGGGCGUUACCGCGACCUUGCCGAACGGUGGACAGUUUCACUAUUUCAAGGGCAUCCCUUACGCUGAACCGCCGGUCGGGAAUCUACGCUUCAAGCCACCGGUCCCGCUGACCCGGUUCCGCAAACCAACCGUCGACUGUUACGCCGAACGGGCCAACGCAGUGCAGAAAGAUUUCUUCUCCAAGCGGUGCAGUGGUUCCGAGUCAUGCCUGUACCUGAACGUCUUUACGCCCCGACUCCCGGGGGAGGCCGACACAACGAAGGGAGUUCCUCGGCUGCCGGUAAUGGUGUACAUCCAUGGCGGUGGGUUCAUGAGUGGCAGCGGUAGCACCUUCUUCUACAAUCCGGAAUACUUCGUGCAGCAGGAUGUGGUCGUUGUCACGAUGAACUAUCGGCUCGGGCCGCUCGGGUUCCUCUACCUUCCUUCCGCCGGCAUCCCGGGCAAUGCCGGGCUCAAAGAUCAGUUGCUUGCGCUCCAAUGGGUGCAGGACAACAUUGCGCAGUUCGGUGGCAAUCCGAACAAUGUUACAUUGUUUGGGGAAAGUGCCGGUAGCAUGUCGGCAUAUUUGCACUACCUAUCGCCAAACUCGAGGAAGUACGUGCAUCGAGUGAUAUGUCAGAGCGGUGUGGCCAUUACGGACUCGUUCUUCCAGGUGGACCCGGAAGAAAAGGCACGGAAGCUGGCACGCUUUUUCGGCUAUACUGGAGACGAUGAUCAGGGUGUUCUUGAAACGCUCCAAAAGGUACCGGCUCAGGAACUAGCCAAACAUCAAAACGAAGCGAUCAGUGAGGGUGAAAAGAAGCUGGCCCUUAUCUUCAUCUUUCGGCCGGUGAUUGAGCAGAAGCAGACCGAUGACAGCAUCCUAACGCAGCAUCCGCGGGAUAUCCUGAAGUCGUACGAUACGCUACGAAUGCCACUGCUGGAGGGCUGCAACGAUGGGGAAGGCAUCUUAGCACUGCGGACGCUGGGCAAAAAGUGGAAAUCAUUCGGCGCGACACCGGAACGGUUGGUGCCGGUGCUGUUGGGAGUACGGCCCGAUCUCGAUCGCAGCGUUGUGGGGCGUCAGAUCAAACAGUUUUACUUCGGCGAGCGGCCGGUAAAUGAGCAGACGAUCGAUAAGAUGUGCGAGCUGCUGUCGGAUAAUACGUUCAUCACAAACUCAGUCACCGGUGCCGAGUGGUUGGCAAAGUAUCAACCGAACGUGAAACACUUUCACUAUCGCUUCACGUACGAUGGACGGUAUAGUUUGCUGAAGCGCCUGUUCCUACUGUCCCACGUGAAGGGCGCCUGCCAUGGUGAUGAUACGUUGUAUAUGUUCAAUCCCUGCUUCCUGCCGAAGCUUCCACCCAAUAGCGAGGAGUGCCGCGUGCGUGACAUCUUCAUCGCGCUGUGGACCAGUUUCGCAAAGCACGGUGACCCAACCAGGGCCGUGCCCUCAAAUCUAAUCCCGGUACGGUGGGAACCAGUUCCAAAGUGUCCGCGCGUCACCGUACGGCAGGGUCAAUUGCUGGGCGUUCAGGCUCGCCUCCCGAAUGGCGCCCGCUACUACUACUUCAAGGGAGUGCCGUACGCGGAACCACCGGUUGGGAAACUGCGCUUUAAAGCUCCGAUCCCCCUGGAACGGUUCCGCCGACCGGUUCUGAAAUGUUACGCCGAGCGGAGCGACUUCAUACAGCUCGAUUUCUUCUCCGGCUUUGUGUUUGGUUCGGAACGAGGACUCUACCUGAACGUCUACAGCCCGCAACUUCCGACCGAUGGGGAGAAUAAAACCGAGAAACCUCACGAUACGAAAAGACUCCCGGUGAUGGUGUUCCUCCACGGUGGAGGUUUCGCAUGUGGCAGUGGCAGUAGCCUCUUCUACAAUCCGGAAUACUUCUUGCAGCGUGGCGUACUGGUAGUGACCGUGAACUAUCGGCUUGGUCCCUUUGGAUUUCUCUAUCUGCCCGAAGCCGGUGUCGAGGGAAAUGCGGGGCUUAAAGAUCAACUACUGGCGCUCCGGUGGAUUAAUGAAAAUAUUGCCAACUUCGGAGGCGAUCCGCACAACGUGACGCUGUUCGGUGAAAGUGCUGGCAGCUUCUCGGCCUAUCUGCACAUGCUCUCGCCCAACUCCAGGAAACUAUUCCAUCGCGUUAUCUGCCAGAGCGGUGUCGUCUGCUCGAGCUCGUUCAUGCAGGCCAACCCGCUCGAGAUGGCCUUCAAUCUGGCGCGUCAUUUCGGGUACAGUGGAACGAGCCAACAGGGUGCGCUCGAAACCCUGCAGCAAGUGCCAGCAAAAAAAUUGGCCGCCCACCAGCAGAAAGCGCUCGGCCAGUACGCCGAAAAGCAGGCCGACCUUGUUUUCAUCUUUCUCCCGGUGAUCGAGCAAACGCUUACCGAAACCUCGAUCAUCACCCAGCCACCCGAAGAGCUGCUAAAGUCGUACGACACACUGCGAAUGCCUCUGCUCGAAGGUUGCAACGAUUCGGAAGGCAUCCUCGGGCUGUACAUUAUACGGCGCAAGACGCGUGCCGAAGACAUACGUCACAUACCGGCACGGAUGGCAGCUAAGCUGUUCCGGCAUCUUCCCUCCCCGGAACGGGCCGCGGUGACCGAUAAGAUACGCAAAUUUUACUUCUCCGAUGAGCCACCGUCCGCGUGGCCUACCGAUCAGCUGAAGCACCUGCUGACGGAUGUGAUCUUCAUGAAGGAUUCGGCGGUCAAUGCCGAAUGGUUGGCGAAGCAUCAGCCGCACCUGCGCCACUACCAUUACCGGUUCACGUUCGACGGGCGGUUUAGUUUGCUGAAGCGGCUGUUUCUCAGCGCGAACGUGACCGGUGCGUGCCACGGUGAUGAUUUGCUGUACAUGUUCAACCCAAAGCUGUUGCCCAACAUUUCACAGUCGAGUGACGAAUGUCGUGUGCGGGAUAACUUUGUCGCUCUCUGGACCAGUUUCGCCAAGCACGGUGAUCCGUCGGUUGAUUCGCGGGAUGUUGUCGAUGUCCAGUGGAGCCCGGUAAGGAAGGUUCCUCGUGAUGGGUCGGUCGACUUUCGGCUCGACUGUCUCGAGAUUGGUGUGAAACCGGCGAUGGUGACGGAUCCCACCCGGGAGCGUGCCAACUUUUGGCGCGAACUGAUCGAAACACAUCGAAAGGGAUAUCUGUGACCUGUGUGGGCGGGUGGUAAGAACCGAAAUGUGAUAACCGAUAAACGGGUACGGUUUAGUGGUAAGUGGUUUUGGGCGGUAUUGGAGAACGGUAGCUUAGUACAUGACAUUCGAGUAGCUUGUUAAGUAAGCAAAGCUUUUUAUACACGCCAGGUGCCUUGUGUUUAAAAUAAAACCCUCUUGCCUAUCACAAA